GCGAGCGUCCUGCGAAGAGGAUCAAAGCCGAGCCCUCCCCCGAGCCCGCGCACGUUGCUAGCGGGCUGGGGCCUGGUCCGGUGACUCCUCCUCCCCCGCCGGGUGGGCUGCCAGAAAAGGUGCCGGAAGUGAAGGCGAUGCCGCGGCCUCCGACGCCGAUGGCGAAGCCGGUGAGCCACGAUGCACCCGAGGUGACAGUGGCAAAGGAGGAGGACGAGGAGGAGCCUUCACCAGCUCAAAGUUGGCCAGACAAGAGUUGGUCUGGGCACCGGGACCGGGAACGGGAAGGCUGGGAAGGCCGGGAAGGCUGGGAAGGCUGGGAAGGCUGGGAAGGCGGAUGGAGAGGCCAUGACUGGAGCUCCCGCAGCAGCAGCAGCUGGGAGAAUAACAGGUGGACGAGACCCGAAGACCCCGAGCCAACUCCACCGCCAGCCUGGCGGGCGAAGAAGGCUCAAUCCAGGCGUCCGGCGGUUCCCAAAGACCCUCCGACUCCGAAGGCCAAAGCCAAAGCCAAGUACUACUCGCCGCCACCACAGCAGCAACGCCCAGCUGCGAAAGGAGGUGGAAAGGCCUUCCAGAAGGCAAUUUCUUGGCUGGGCCAGACUAUGCGAGCAAAGGCGGCAGCCCCUAAGCCGCCAGCCGCGGCGGUCAGCGCUGCUGUGCGCCCUGGACCGGUGACGGUGACGCGCUCCAAAGCGCCAAACGAGGCCCAGCGUCUUCGAAGUAUCGCGAGCGAGCUAGUGAGCAUGUUGAAUGAGCCGAAGAAGAUGAGGCUUUCCAUGAUCGCCCAGGAUCUCUUGGCAACUGCAGACCGCCUGGAUGCCUGA